AUGUCAAGAUACAUUUUUAGUGCGCUUUUGGUUGUUUGUUUGAUGGGUGUGAUUAGCGCCCAUAAAAACAAUUAUGUGUGGGGUACACAUAGCACAAAAGAUGUUUUGUUGGCCAGGGAAAUGGUUACAAGAUCUGGUUUUUUUGGAGUGGUUACUACUUACGAUUACGUUUACAAAGCAGAUAGCCUUACACCUCCAAAAAUCUCAUAUAUCAAAAUUACCGAUGCAAAACCGUUUGGCGGAGCUACUGCUACAAUAUCAACUGGAGGUCUAAAUACAGAAGCUGUUAGCAUACUAUUUACUAGUCAGCGUGGUUUUGGAAUCAAAAGCUUUGUGGAAAUUUAUGGAACGCCCAACUGA